ACAGCUUUCGACAGCAGACAAGUUAAUGAUAUAUUCAUGAUGUACUCUGUUAAUUUAUAUCGGAAUGUUUAAUCCUGAUAUUGGACGUCCUACAAUGUGAACCGACAAAUGAAAGCAACGUGUACAGUGUACCACACAACGUGUACCACACAACGCGUUGUCAUUCAUUCUGGCCUUCCGCGUAAGCUAUUAUUUAUCAUCUAUUUUUGACUCUUUCAUCAAGAGCAAAAAGUUUUCAGUUUAGAUUAACAGGAUUAAUAUAAACAAUACGUGUUCAUAAGCACGACUGGACCUGCAAAUGCAGUCUGGACAGGGUAUGACGGUCACUGAAAGAUUACGGAAGUUAAUUUACGUGUUUUGAAUAUAUGCAUUCUCAUAGAUAUCAGCUCAUCUUGCAAGCAGUGAAAUACAUCUUGUUUGAUCAGGUAAUCAAGUCAACUUUUGCUGUAUAUUUUUGUUAACGUAAAGCACCACCUUUAAAGCUACAGCUAUAUAUUAAUGAUAGGGACUGGUGUAUAACUAGAAUUUUAGUGCCAGAACACCAUUUGACUUAAAUUGCGAUGUAUGAAAUUUGAGUGGAAUGUUUCUGAAGUAAAUUGGUUUGACAAAAUCAUUCAUCACUAGCGACAGCUUAUAUACAUCUGAACAACGAAAACAACGAUAAUAUACUUCUCAGAAAAAAAAAAAUCUGUAUAAUCGCUUCGUUUUUAAAGGCGCUUUGUAGGUACAGCGCCUACACGUAUAUUCAAUCAUUAUCAUUUCAAAGUAAUUGAAGUAUAUAUUAUAAUACGAAUGGCGGAGCUCGUGAUGACAUGCAAUAUAAUUCAUCAUACUUUUUAAUCUGAAGAUGAAUAAUAAAAACCUUUCAAUUUCAAAAUUUCAAUAUCCGGUACCAUUUUGAAGCGCACGGCGCAAUAAAUAAUUCAAAUGACAAUUUAUUGAAGUUAAACUAUACUAUAAAACAUUACGUCGGCAUAUGGGAACUUUUCAACUCGGCAGGUGAGGAGCCAUCCUGUCGACAAUGACCACCGUGAUAUCGUAAAAACUUUUUUAAAAGUGAGAAAACAUACGUCACGCUUCGGUUUUUGUUUAUUUCCACUAUCGACAAUUGCACUUGACCGUUUUGACGAGUUGAUGUCGUACGUAAAAGGAAGAGGAUAUUGUGCCUGACUUGGACAACAAUGACUCAUUUUUGUUAGAGCGUAGAUUUUGCUACGAACAUUCAAAGGUUACACACCGAGAAAAAAUAAACAAUGAUCUGGUGAAGAGAAAAUUUCCGAAAUAUAUAGAAUUUAUAAAGUACGGAAAGAUUAUGAACUGUUAUAUUUCCAACGAUAUUAAGGAAUUUGCUCCAGACUAAGAGUAGAGAUGAUGAUUCUGUAUUUUCUUGCAUUGCCUUGGGUUUUCGAUGAAGCGUCGGCGGAAAAUGGGAAGUUGACGGUAGAUGGAGAUAUCAUACUCGGUGCCUUGUUCCCAAUCCACACGGUAGGAAAAAAUGAGCGAGAAUGUGGUGAAUUCAGUGAGUUGGUGGGAUAUCAGUACAUGGAAGCCAUGUUAUAUACUCUUGAUAAAAUCAACAGAGAAAAGGAUUUCUUGCCUGGCAUUAAGCUUGGUACGACAAUAUACGACACUUGUCGAAGUCCCACGAUGACGGCUGAUGAAACGAAGGAGUUUAUUAAGAUGACACUCGUACCAUCAAGAGUUAACGGUUCUGAGUUCGCUGGUGUGAUUGGAGCUUUCGUGAGUGAUAACUCAGUAAUAGUGGCUAACUUUCUACGCGUUUUUCGCAUUCCUCAAAUUAGUUAUGGAUCAGCAACGGUUGAGCUCAGCAACAAAAACUUGUACAAUUAUUUCCUGCGAACCGUUCCACCAGACAGCUUCUUUGCUGCUGCACUGACUAAGUUCCUUUUAAAGAUGCGUUGGACUUUUGUGUCUUUACUCUACUCUUCAGGGACAUGGGCGGAGACUGGGGUAGAGGAAGUGAAGAAGAUUUUCAAAACAAAGAGGAUAUGUCUUGGAAACAACAUUAAAAUUCCACCUUUUCCUGAUGACGAUGAGUUCGAUAAAAUCAUGAAAACUUUGAUCGGUGAUGACGAAGAGCAACCACGUGUCGUUGUUCUCUACACAGUUCAAAGAGAUUCUCGUAAAUUGUUGAAAGCAAAAAAGAGGCAUCCACGCGGCUCGAGAAUAUUCUUUGUAGGAAGUCUUGGAUGGAGUAAUCGUGGAGACAUUACAAAUGGCCUGGAGGAUAUCGCUGAUGGGACGAUAACAUUUGGACAUCGUGAAGGAAUGAUUCCUGAAUUUCAAAGUUAUUUUAGAAGUCUUAGGCCCAGUAAUUACAGCAGGGAUUAUAAGAAAUGGUUUGGUGAAUACUGGCAACAAACUUACAAGUGUAAACUUAAAAAUCUUACAAUUCCAACUGAAUACACAAAUGAAUGCAAAGAUGAGCCAAACACAGGUUACAAAGAACUGGCUCCUGUUCAAGUCGUUAUAAACGCUGUACAAGCAAUGGCAAAUGGUCUUAAUGCAUUACACCAACAGAAAUGCCUUGGAAAACCUGGACUCUGUGACGAAAUGAGACCCAUUGACAGAACGUUACUUUUACAAUUUCUUCGUAAUGUUACAUACGUAGAUGCAGCAUUCCACUUUCCUGUGUCGUUCAACGCACAACAGGAAGUCGAUGGAAACUACACCAUAUACAACUUCCGUUGGAAUGGCCAAUCCUCGUAUGAGUAUGAUCAAGUGGGAUCAUGGGUGAGCAAGCUUGAUUCUAAUGGCAAUAUUGUGGGAAACUUGUUACUUGAUGAAUCAAAAAUACGAUGGCCAAAUGGCAACUUAAGUCAACCGUUAUCGACCUGUAGACCAAAAUGUGCACGUAAUCAAAUUAUUACGUUACGUGAAGGCAAAUGUUGCCAUAGAUGUGACACGUGUGGAACAAAUGACAUAGUGGUAAAUAACACGUGCAAGACAUGUGCUGAGACCCAUGUCCCUGAUGUUAAUAUGUCAGUCUGCAAAAAACUUCCACUUCAUUUUGUGAACAUAAACACUCCCUUUGCAGUAGUUAUAGUGUUUUUUUCCUCCGUUGGACUUCUUUUUGACGCUAUUGUAUUGGGAAUAUUCUUGAAGAAAACUAACCACAAGCUAAUUAAGGCAUCAGGUCGUGAAAUGUGUUAUUUUAUGCUGGUUGGCAUAGCAUUUAUAUUUACAGUACCAAUGAUUUCGCUAUCAAAGCCAUCAAAUGUUCAGUGUUACGUUGAACGUUUUAUUAUGGGAGUAUCUUUUACUGUAUGUUAUGCACCAUUACUUAUGAAAAUGUUUCGCAUUCAUCGCAUCUUUAAACACGCCAAUCAACUGCAUCGUCUUUCUUCAAGCAGUUUGAUUGGCAAACGUUCUUUGCUUUUGAUCACAACUGGCCUCAUAGCAAUUCAAGGUUUAUUCUGUGCGCUCGUCUUUAGCACAGACCCACCUGAAUUGAUGGAAAAGUAUUAUCAGAAGAGAAAAGAACUUGUGCUUGAGUGUGAUUUCAAGAAGUCUACAUUUGCCAUUUAUUUCGUGUACAAUGCUGUAUUAAUAGUAUGGUGUACAUUUUAUGCUUUCAGAACACGCCAUUUUCCCAAGAACUUCAACGAAGCUCUAUACAUAGGAAUCACGAUGUAUUUGACUUGCGUAGUAUGGGUUGUAUUUUUUGCAACUUUUCUCAACACAAACUACAGUGCUCAUCGUGUUUAUUGGUCGUCUUCAAUGAGCCUUGUUAUUGGUUGGAUCACUCUUGUUGGUUUAUUCUUUCCCAAAAUCUAUCACGUUUACACUAAAACAGAGUUUCAUGCCGAAAAUAUGCUAACCUGGGGCGAGACGUCGUUUCCUCGACAGGAAAGUUCUGCAAACGGUGUGAACGUCUGUCAGCAUUGUUUUAAGACAAUGGAGCAAGCUAAGUCCAAGCGCAAUGGUUCUUUAACCGAAAUGAAUGUUUUUGAAGAAUCUGUCAAACAAACAUCCUAAGAUGAACUUUUAAACACUAUUUCUUCCCUUACUCUAUUUAUCAAAUUCAUGUAUGCGAUUGGAGAUGGAAGCACUUUUAAAAUCAUUUGUCAGGAGCAUGUCUUUGUUACGUUUUGCUGUCGAUUGACAAAUGGCCAAUCAAAUAACACCAUUUUUGAUAAUCAUGUGAGAGAUGGCGGUUUUAAGGCAUGCCAAAAUACGUUAUAUAGCGGCUAGUUUCAAAUUCAAGAAACUAACAUAACAACGUUGUUGGUUAAAAAAACUCAAAAGAUUAAGGCUGAAAAACUCCCAUGCAAUUGGAUUAGAUCUAAAGUGUUGUAAUAUAUUUUUAGUAAUGUAUUAUAAUUUACAUGAGUACAUAAACGACGUAGUUAAAGAUCAAGCUUUUUAUUGCACACUGAUGUAGGAACAUAAAAAGAAUUAAGGGAUUUGAAGGGGGAUGGGCUUAAACUGGAUACUUCUGCCAAUUUUUCCCUAUGUAUGUUUCUUCAAUUUUGACUGAUAUGGCUGACAGGCCAUAGUAAAUGAAUGAAGCUGUAACAGUAUUACAUGUUAGUAGUAUAAAAGUUGAAAUAAAAUCUAGCUAACUGUGUGGUGA